AUGAAUGAGAACACCACAUCUUUAGCUGACUUGGUUGAUGGACAGCAAAAACCAACUGAAGACACAGAUGACAAAAGUAAAACACCAAGACACUCGCGAUGGACCAGACAAGAAACACUUGUUCUCAUAGAAGGAAAGAAGAUUGCAGAGGAAAGAACUCAUAGGGGGCGUAAAUCCAGUUCUGUGUUCGGUUCAGACAAGCCGGAACCCAAAUGGAAUUCGGUCUCCUCUUACUGCAGACAACAUGGAGCAAACAGAGGACCUGUUCAAUGCAGAAAACGAUGGAGCAACAUGAUCAGUGACUUCAGGAAAAUUAAAGCAUGGGAGUCACAAACAAAUGGAAGCAGCGAAUCUUAUUGGAUUAUGAGUAAUGAUCUAAGGCGAGAGAGAAAGCUACCAGGUUUUUUUGACAGAGAAGUCUAUGAUGUCUUGGAUGGGAAGGAAUUCACAGCAGAAGCAUACCAACUAGCUCUGGUAACCAUAACUACAGAUGAUAAAGUUGAGUAUGGGAUAGAAACAGCAGAAGAAGAGGAAGAGGAGGACGAGCAGGAGAACACAGAGGCUGAAGCAGUUUCUCAUACAGAUGGAUAUAUCAUGGCAGAUGAUGUUCUGUUUCCAGCCAUGGAGGAAAUUGGAAGCAACCCACUGAAGGAAGGGAUUGCCAAACAUAAGAAAGCUAAGUCCAUUCCCUCUCCCACGCCUAUAUCAGGUACAGCUGAAGGUGAACAGCCUGGAUCAGAUUUCUGGAAAAGCUCCAUUUUUAAGGACGGAGUGAAGAGAAAAAGACAAUCACCAGAUGGUUGUAUUGCUACUAGUCUGGGAUAUAAACUGCUGAAAACUUUGGAGCAAAACACCAACAUGCUUCAUGCACAACUUGAUGCUCAAAUCGACAACCAUCAACUGGACAGGGAGCAGCAGAAGGAACACACUGAUAGCUUAAUUGCUGCUCUUAACAAGGUUGCUGAUGCACUAGCAAGAGUUGCUGAUAAGAUGUGA